UUUAGGAUGGCGGAGUUUGUACAGCGGCGGAUAGAGGAGCGAAUCCCGGAGUUGGAACAGUUGGAGAGAAUCGGCCUCCUCACCGGGAAGGAAGUCAGGGUGAUCGUUAAGAAAGUCACAUCUCUAGAGUACAAGCUGCAACGAAGGACUGUUGAAAAACAGGAUUUUCUCACCUACUUACAGUAUGAAGUGCAUCUCCUGAGCUUGAUUAAGAAGAGAAGACAGAGAAUCGGAUACUACUUUAAAAAGGAAGAUAUUGAGUAUGUCAUUGUACAGAGAAUCCACAAGGCUUUCCAGAGAGCGACCAGCAAGUGGCAGGAGGAUCUGCAGCUCUGGUACUCCCAUGUGAGUUUCUGUAAGCAGUGGAACUGCAAGCAUCAAAUCAGCAAGAUCUUCUCUGCCCUUCUGGCUGUUCACUCGGAUAAACCAACGGUAUGGCUAAUGGCAGCCAAGUGGGAAAUUGAAAAUAAUCUGUCCGUGGAAAGUUCCAGGCACAUAUUCCUUCGGGCCCUGCGCUUUCAUCCAGAGUCACCUUUGAUCUACCAGGAGUAUUUCCGCAUGGAGUUGCUGAAUGCAGAGAAACAGAGAAAAGAGAAAGAGGAAAUGGAGAAAGCUAAAAUGGACUUGGAUGAGGCUGGGUAUUUGGAGAGCAUCCUAGAGGGAGAGCUGGCACGUGUAGUGUACAAGUCUGCUGUACAGACAAUAAAAGGUGCCCAGUUCCACUUGUCUCUUCUUUCCAUUGCUAAGGAAUUUGAUUUUACCCAAGAUCUGCAGAAGGAAAUCCUUACUGAUCUCCAGAGUCUACAUGCACAGGAUCCAUUCACCUGGGACUUCAUGGCCCAACAGGAGCUAACAGUUGAGUCCCUGCCUUCUACUGAAUACAGCUCCAAGAAAGCAAAAGCCACAGAUAUGUUGAGGAGGGAGGAGAGAUGCAGCAAAAUCUAUGAAACUGCCCUGGAGUCUCUCAACACAGAGUCAAUGUGGGAACUGUAUAUUGUAUCCUGCCGGCAGAGAUAUAAGAGAAAAACGAAUUGCAAGGAGCUUAAACAGAUGAGACAGGAGCGGUUAUUCAAUGCAUACAGGAAGGCACAUGAAGCCAGUAUGUUGGCAGAAGAGAAGUACAUAGAGUGGAUCUCUGAACUUUUGGCUCUUGGAGAGACUGACAGUAUUGUGGGAGCUUCUGAAGCAGCCAUCAAACGCUACAGCCAGUCUGCAAAACUGUGGCAGACUAGGCUUGAAAUUCUAGUGAAGCUGGGUCAAACUGGCAUUGAUCAGGUGUUUGAAGAGGCAUUUAAACACUUUAAACCAAAGGACUCUGUGUUUUUAUGGACAUUAAAGGUUGAGUGGAGUGAGAAAACCAAAGAUGAGGAAGCAACAGAAGCUCUCUACAAGCAAGCCAUAGUGGUUCCAGCUUCAGCAGUAUCCAUCUCUAUGAAGGAACUGUACCUGGACUGGGCUUACAGGACCAAGGGCUAUAAGAAAGCCAAGAAAGUCUUUACCAGCCUACAUGAGAGUCGCCCAUUGUCCGAGGAGUUUUUCCACAAAAUGAUCACGAUUGAAAAGGAACAGGAACACGGCAAAAUGCAGAACCUACGAGAAUACUAUGAACGGGCACUGAGGGAGUUUGGCACCACAAGCUCAGAUCUUUGGCUGGAUUACAUUAAGGAAGAGCUCAACCAUGGCGAGGGGAAACCUCAGAACUGCGGCACUAUCCAUUGGAGAGCAAUGAAGAUGCUGGAGGGGAAAGAUGUGGAAUCUUUUGUAUCCAAUUACACACUGCUACAAACAGGGAAAUUGUAAGCGUGAAGACCAGGGUGUAAGAGUGUGGCAUUUGAAACAUUUGUACAAAGUGCUAUAGAAUUAAAUAUCUUAUAUUCA